AGUGUACUGAUCUGUCAUCUUACUAGGUGGGAAGAAGCUGCAAUGAGUAUCCUUAUUUAUAAACUUUUGAUGUAAAUUGUUUCCAUAUUCAAAUUAUUUAAUAGUACAAGGAAAAAUAGCAAAACUGUUUAAAACAGUCCCAGUGGGUACUAUGGGAUAUGUUCCUAUGCAAAAUGUUGACGAGUCAGAAAAGGUUGGGAAAUGUCCUUCUAGAGAAAUCAAGAAGACUUAUGAAUGGCAGAAACGUUGCUUGAACAGGCUGGGAAGGAAAUGAGUUGCUGUCCCGCUUUGGCCUGUAAGCACUUUGGCCUUUGGAGAAUAUCUGCCUGUAACACAGAGCUCAAGUUCUGUGAAGAAGGUGUUUUUAAAGGGCAGCUUCCAUUGGCAGCUAGAUUUUGUGCAAAGAACUUCGGCUUCAGUCUAGGCUCUGCGUUAAACCAUUUGUGUCUCCUUAGCAAAGAGCUUUUGUGGACUUGAUCUUCAUUGCAAAAAGGAGACGGACAAGUAACUGAGCAAGUUGUGAUUAUUGAGGACUUCCAUGUGCCUUCAAAGAGGAAGUCGGUUUCGGAGGUAAAGAAGUAGGACCUUGGUGUGAGGAAUAAUCAUGGGCCAGACUGGGAAGAAAUCUGAGAAGGGACCGGUUUGUUGGCGCAAGCGUGUAAAAUCAGAGUACAUGCGGCUGCGGCAGCUCAAGAGGUUCAGGCGGGCUGACGAAGUUAAGAGUAUGUUUAGUUCCAAUCGUCAGAAAAUUUUGGAAAGAACGGAAAUCUUAAACCAAGAAUGGAAACAGCGAAGGAUACAGCCUGUCCACAUCCUGACUUCUGUGAGCUCAUUGCGCGGGACCAGGGAGCUCCCAGUGGUCCAGCCACACAGUCGCCUAUUGUACCAGCUGGUUGAUUGUUCAGUGACCAGUGACUUGGAUUUUCCAACGCAAAUCAUCCCAUUAAAGACUCUGAAUGCAGUCGCUUCAGUACCCAUAAUGUAUUCUUGGUCUCCCCUACAGCAGAAUUUUAUGGUGGAAGAUGAAACGGUUUUACAUAACAUUCCUUAUAUGGGGGAUGAAGUUUUAGACCAGGAUGGGACUUUCAUUGAAGAGCUAAUAAAAAACUAUGAUGGAAAAGUACACGGGGAUAGAGAAUGCGGGUUUAUAAAUGAUGAAAUUUUUGUGGAGUUGGUGAAUGCUCUUGGUCAGUACAAUGAUGAUGAUGAUGAUGAUGAUGAUGGCGAUGACCCUGAUGAAAGAGAAGAAAAACAGAAAGAUCUGGAGGAGAACAGAGAUGACAAAGAAAGCCGCCCGCCUCGGAAAUUUCCUUCCGAUAAAAUUUUUGAAGCCAUUUCUUCAAUGUUUCCGGAUAAGGGCACAGCAGAAGAACUAAAGGAAAAGUAUAAAGAACUGACCGAGCAGCAGCUCCCGGGCGCACUUCCUCCUGAGUGCACCCCGAACAUCGAUGGGCCGAACGCCAAGUCCGUGCAGAGGGAGCAGAGCCUGCACUCUUUCCACACGCUCUUCUGCAGGCGGUGCUUCAAGUACGACUGCUUCCUGCACCCUUUUCAUGCAACACCCAACACUUAUAAGCGGAAGAACACAGAAACGGCUCUAGACAACAAGCCGUGUGGACCACAGUGUUACCAGCACUUGGAGGGAGCAAAGGAGUUUGCCGCUGCGCUCACCGCUGAGCGGAUAAAGACACCGCCGAAGCGGCCCGGAGGCCGCAGGAGAGGACGGCUCCCCAACAACAGCAGGCCCAGCACCCCCACCAUUAACGUGCUGGAAUCGAAAGACACAGACAGCGACCGGGAAGCGGGGACGGAGACGGGCGGGGAGAACAACGAUAAAGAGGAGGAGGAGAAAAAAGACGAGACUUCCAGUUCCUCGGAAGCGAAUUCUCGAUGUCAGACGCCAAUAAAGAUGAAGCCAAAUAUCGAGCCUCCCGAAAACGUGGAGUGGAGUGGUGCCGAGGCCUCGAUGUUCAGGGUCCUCAUUGGCACGUAUUAUGACAAUUUCUGUGCCAUUGCCAGGCUCAUCGGGACCAAAACUUGUAGGCAGGUGUAUGAGUUCCGUGUCAAAGAAUCCAGCAUCAUAGCUCCGGUGCCGGCCGAGGAUGUGGACACCCCUCCAAGGAAGAAGAAGAGGAAACACCGGUUGUGGGCUGCACACUGCAGAAAGAUACAGCUGAAAAAGGAUGGCUCCUCUAACCACGUUUACAACUACCAGCCCUGUGACCAUCCGCGUCAGCCUUGUGACAGUUCGUGCCCUUGUGUGAUAGCACAAAAUUUUUGUGAGAAGUUUUGUCAGUGUAGUUCAGAGUGUCAGAACCGCUUUCCCGGCUGCCGCUGCAAAGCCCAGUGCAACACCAAGCAGUGCCCGUGCUACCUGGCCGUGCGGGAGUGCGACCCCGACCUCUGCCUCACCUGUGGUGCGGCCGACCACUGGGACAGCAAAAACGUGUCCUGCAAGAACUGUAGCAUCCAGCGGGGCUCCAAGAAGCACCUGCUGCUGGCGCCAUCCGACGUGGCGGGCUGGGGGAUUUUCAUCAAAGAUCCCGUACAGAAAAAUGAAUUCAUCUCGGAGUACUGUGGAGAGAUUAUUUCUCAAGAUGAAGCAGACAGAAGAGGGAAAGUAUACGACAAAUACAUGUGCAGCUUUCUGUUCAACUUGAACAAUGAUUUCGUGGUGGAUGCAACCCGCAAGGGUAACAAGAUUCGUUUUGCAAAUCAUUCAGUAAAUCCAAACUGCUAUGCAAAAGUUAUGAUGGUUAACGGCGAUCACAGGAUAGGGAUUUUUGCUAAGAGAGCCAUCCAGACUGGUGAAGAGCUGUUUUUUGAUUACAGAUACAGCCAGGCCGACGCCCUCAAGUACGUGGGCAUCGAGAGAGAAAUGGAAAUCCCUUGACAUCGGCUACCUCCUCCCCCCCCUCCUCCUUUCUGGAACAGCUGCCUUAGCUUCAGGAACCUCGAGUACUGUGGGCAAUUUAGAAGAAUAAAAUGCAGUUUGAAAUUCUGAAUUUGCAAAGUACUGUAAGAAUAAUUUAUAGUAAUGAGUUUAAAAAUCAACUUUUUAUUGCCUUCUCACCAGCUGCAAAGUGUUUUGUACCAGUGAAUUUUUGCAAUAAUGCAGUAUGGUACAUUUUUCAACUUUGAAUAAAAGAAUACUUGAACUUC